CGAUCGUCAACUUCGAAAGACACAGGUUGUUAGCCAGGCAAACUGAGUCUGGUUGCUGGCUCCGCGUUCAUAUUCUGGUUGUGAAUGAGUCCACAGUCGCAUGGCAGAAUGAUAUAAUACGAUCGUCUUCCUCCCGUAUGGAGUGAACUUCCAGCAACAAUGGAGCUGACCCUUUGCACAUUAUUCUUCUCUUCUGGCGUUGUGUCCAACAGACCACCUCUUAGCACAUGAUCAUCAUUCAAACCAGGGCUGUCGCAAUCAUGUCGAGAACUCAAAGUCCUCCAGCGCCCGUCGAUUCGAGCAGUGUUGGCCCUAGAGCCAAGGCCUUGACUGCCUCUAUCAAGCAGGCUGGCAGCAAAGCGUCUGAGGCUGAUCGUGCACUCCAAGCAAUCACGUCUGCCAAUUUUCCCCACAACCAAAGUCUCGACGACGGUAUCACGGGCAUAGUGCUUGCCAUCCAGAGCUCGAUAUCCUCCAUUACCGAACCGCUUCCUGAAUUCACGGUCGUCGAGCAGAAUGAUAUAUACAAUGCUUUCAAGGGCUUCCUCCAAGACUUUCGACAGCUCGUAAAAAGUAUGAUGGACAAGCAUAAAUUAAUGGCCCCUAACCCGGUCAAAGGGAACGCUCUUGCUGGUUUUCUAUUUUCCUGCAAGGCCUUCGUUAACCAGUUUGCCAUCGUCAUUAUUCGCAUGCUGCCAAGUCACGCUGAUGAUGCUCAGCUACAGGUUGAGUCGUUUGACAGCAGCCUCAUCGACGCCAUUGAUACGUUCCGCUCAUCGUUUGAUUCUUGAUUCUAGCUAUGAAGUUGAUGGUUACCAAAAUGCAUGGGGGGAAGGGAAUGAACACAGGCCGGAGAAAGGGUGAGGUGAUCAAAACAAGGUAGCAAUAGUAUCCAGGUAUCAUCAAAUACAGUGUGUUACGUUA